GUCGAACGUCUCGCAUCACGAGCUGUGCAAACCACCAACUCUCUACAGGAUGGGACGUGAUAUUUACAAGGACGAGACUCUGCCUAUUCCCGAAGGCGUUACCGUCGAAAUCAAGGCCCGUAUUGUUACUGUCACUGGUCCUCGCGGUACUUUGACCAAGAACUUGCGCCAUGUCGACUCCGAGGUCAAGAAGCAGGGCAAUGUGUUGAAGUUCAUUGUCUGGCACGGUUCCCGUAAGCACAACGCUUGCCUCCGUACCGUCCGUUCCAUCGUCAACAACAUGAUCAUUGGUGUCACCCAGGGUUACCGCUACAAGAUGCGUCUUGUGUAUGCACAUUUCCCCAUCAACAUCAACUUGACUGAGAACAACACUGUUGUUGAGAUCCGUAACUUCUUGGGUGAGCGUAUCACUCGUGUGAUCAAGUGUUUGCCCGGUGUCACCGUUUCCUUGUCCCAAGCCGUUAAGGAUGAGCUUGUCCUCGAGGGCAACUCCUUGGAGAACGUUUCCCAAUCCGCCGCCAGCAUCAAGCAAGCUUGCAACGUCCGCAACAAGGAUAUUCGUAAGUUCUUGGACGGUAUCUACGUCUCUGAGCGCGGCAACAUCGUCGAGCUUGAGUAGAUAAAAUAAACGAUCGAGUCGAUGGUGAAAGCAUGAGCUGGUGUGUAUUUUGUGUGGAAUCAGGGUGUGCGUGUGUGUGUGCGUAUUGUCGUGUCUUUAUUCGCGCG